AUGAAUUUUGAUUUGGGUAGUGUUUUGGGUGUUUGUACUAUCCCUAAUUUAUGGGUAAUUAAACGACAUGCAAAUUGGAGUUUUUUACUUUUUAAAAUUUUCUUGCUUUAAUUGAUUAGUUCUUUCUUUAAUUCAUUAGUUCAGAUGUAAUUUAUAGGUAUUCAUUUUGGUCAAUGCAAUUGCAUGUGCUAUGUAGUUCUUUCGCCCAUUUAUGUUUGAGAGUUGCUGUAUUUUUCUGGGUUCUGGUUGAAUAUUGUGAAAUUUGCAAGAUCUGUGUUUACAAAUUUGAUGAAUGAAGCAUGUGAUAACUUUCUGUUAAUCGAUGUUGGUGUUAAUCAGGCAUGACUUGAAAAUGCAUUUCACAAUGUCAGAAUCAUUAUCACUAAAUUCAUCAUCAUUAUUUGAUAUGACGUUGUGUUUUAUUAUUAUUUAUUUAGCUUUAUUUGUGGUGAUCUUAAUCUUAGUGUUGUUACUAUUGUUAGUUGUCUUGAAUUUGAGCUAAAUUUUGUAAAAAUAAUAAUUUGAUAUUUAAUUUUGUUGUGGUGUUGUAUUCCAUUUUUCGCACAAAACUGAAUUGAAAGUUCAUAUAGCACUUGUUACCUCUGUUGUUGUGGUGCCUUGUUCAAGUAAGCUCUGGGUGUUUAUCUUUACAAAUUGAGGGAUCCAGAGUACUUGUGAAUAUCUUAUGAAGGUAGUGAUUAAUUAAUUCUCAAUGUCGUCUGAAUUAUGUUGCUACUUUUGGUCAACUCAAGCUAAGUUUCUAUAUACGAGUCUCUAGAUACUAGAUUAGGAUUGCAUAUUUGGGAGGGUUGAAGGUGAAGGAUGUUGUUAGUGGGGAGGUUAAGGAUGUGCAGGUUUCUUAUUUUUCGGUGUUUAGAGAGACAUAAAGAGCAAUGAUAUAAAUCGAAAUGAUGACCGGAUUACGGAAUGCACAUUCUAGAUUUGUGGUACAAUCGUAUAAGUGUUGUGAUAUGUUUUGUUGAUGAUGUUAUCAGGGAGAUGAUUUGUGUGUUAGCUGCUACUACAUUGAUAGUGAGCUCAAUGCUUAUGCCAUAUCUUCUUCUCAGGUCAACUGCUUAGCUUGCUUAUCUAUUUUUAUACAACUAUUGUACGAAUACACAAAGGAAGUACGGAAUUAUGUUGAGUACAUUUGAUAAUUCGGUUCCAUGGAAAGUCGAAAAACCUUUAAACUGUUGCCAUGCUUCGGUGAUUGUAAGUUGUAAUUGCUCUGUGUAAAUGGAUCAUUUGGUAAAAAAAAAAUAAAAAAAUAAAAAAAUAAGUUGUUUGGAUGAACUAUUUUAAUGUUAAUUUGUUUUAUGGAAUGAGCGUUACCCUUGGCCCUGAAUCUCCAAGACGAUACAGAAAAAGUGUCAGUGGGAUGUCUUUGUGGCUUGACGGCUUUAAGAGAAGUAAUGUUGUUUCUGCAUCUGGUAUACUUGAGUUUGUUUACAGGUUUGCUUUCUGAAAUUUACUUAAGUUUUUAGUGACAAUGUUAAAAUUAUUCCGUUGAGACAUUAAAAAUAAGGAAUUGGCAAUCCUCUUUAUGUGAUCAUAGGGACAAAACCGAAUUGGGUAGUGAAGAUGAGAAAUCUUAUCAGUCCGAUUAGUGCCAUUUUUAUAGAUUGAUCAAUGGAUUUUGUAAAUGUUGCUAACAAAUCAAUUAUGUUUCAUAACUUGAUGCUUGAAUCUAGGUGUUAGAUUUUAUUACAUAUAUGCUGCUGUUUUGAUUCUUUGUAAUUUACGUGAGAAUCGUAAAAGGAGGUAUUAAUUGCUUUCUUAUGGUAAUAAAUAAUUGUCGUAGCAGACCUCAUUACAGCUUAUAAUGUCAUAUUAUUGUGUUUGGCUGGUGUCAUUGCUUUGCUAAGAAUGUAUAAUUCAAGUAUAAUUUACAUCUUAAUAUGAUUUUUGGUCUCAGUAUCUCAAGUGCUCUCUUUCUCCACCCUCUUUGUCAAUCUAUCCUUGUUGGAGAGUAAUUUCUUGUAGAUUCAAAUCAUGGUGAAACUACUGAUAUGAACAGAACUCUGAUUGCACUUUACUUGAUGACUAUAAGAGUAUAAGCUGGCUACUUCUUUUGCAGGGAUUUGUAGAAGGCGACUCAGAAUUUCACAACAUUGGUUGGCCAGGGUGCAUAAUGUGCUGUGUACAAAGCUCAGAUGUCAACUGGUGAAAUAGUUGCUGUGAAGGUGUUGGCAACUGAUUCAAAGCAAGGGGAGCAAGAAUUUGAAACAGAGGUUAAACUGUUAGGAAGGUUGCAUCACAGGAACCUCUUGAAUUUGCUUGGAUAUUGUACAAAGAAGGGAAAAAACAUGCUUAUAUAUGCGUAUAUGAGCAAUGGCAGCCUAGCUUCCCAUUUAUACAGCAGUUCCUCCUGUGAUACAUCGUGACAUUAAAUCUUCCAACAUUUUGUUGGAUCAGUCAAUGAAAGCUAGGGUAUGUACAUUGUUAUCACUUAAAUCUCCUGUGAUACUCUAGAGUUAGCUUGAAUCCUUCCCCUACAAUGGACAUCAAUGCUGCCAUCGGCAAUGAGGACACCAGCUUGGGUGGGGAAAUGGCAUUUGAUACUACAAAGACAAACUCAUUGCCACCAAUGUCACUGUGCUCUGCUCUGCAUCAGUUUUGCAUUCUUGCCACCCUUGAAGUCCUGAGUUCUAUUAGUUUUUGUAUACUGUCAGACAACAUAUGUUAGUGUUUAUAUGUCCAAAAGUAUAUAUGUUAGUGUUUAUAUGUCCAUUUUUUUUAGUUUUUUAAAGUGUAAUAUUACAAGUUAU